AUGGCUUCUCUUUUAUUGAAGAAGAUGAGCAACAAAGUUUCAGUGUUUGUGACAUUUAAUAUUUUCUUAGUGCUCUGUACCCAAAACACUAUGAUUAGGACGGUCCAUGCCAAGAGUAAAGUUCACAUAGUCUAUAUGGGUGAAAAGCAUCACCAUGAUCCUGAGGUUGUAACCAGUUUGCAUCACGACAUGCUGGCCUCAGUUUUCGGGAGCAAAGAAGCCGCUUAUGAUUCUAUGGUGUACAGUUACAAGCAUGGAUUCUCCGGUUUCGCAGCUAAAGUCACAGAAUCUCAAGCUCAGAAGAUUGCAGAGUUACCUGGAGUUAUCCGGGUUAUGCCCAGUCACUUUUAUUCUCUGCAAACAACUAGGAGUUGGGAUUAUCUUGGCCUCCCUCCUAGUUCUCCCACUAACCUUUUGCAUGACACAAACUUGGGAGAUGGAAUUGUCAUUGGCCUUCUGGACACAGGCAUAUGGCCAGAGUCAAAGGUAUUCAAUGAUGAAGGGCUUGGACCAAUCCCAAACCAAUGGAAAGGUCAGUGUCCAUUCAACACCACUGACAGCCCGGAUUUCUUGUCCCCAAGAGAUGUUUUUGGACAUGGAACACACACAUCUACCAUUGCUGGUGGCUCUUUUGUGUACAAUGCCAGCUACAGAGGCCUUGGCCUGGGAUCAGUAAGAGGUGGAGCGCCCCGUGCACGCUUGGCGAUGUAUAAAGUGUGCUGGAAUGUGCCAAGGGGGCAGUGCUCAUCUGCUGACAUAUUGAAAGCUUUUGAUGAUGCAAUUCAUGAUGGAGUUGAUGUUAUAUCAGUAUCUCUUGGCACCCAACUUCCUCUGUUUUCAGAGGUUGAUGACCGCGAUACAAUUUCCAUUGGUUCAUUCCAUGCUGUGGCCAAGGGUAUACCUGUUGUUUGUGGAGCUGCAAAUGAGGGGCCUUCUGAAUACACAGUUGAAAACACAGCACCAUGGAUCUUAACUGUAGCAGCUACUACAAUUGAUCGAUCCUUUCCUACACCUAUUACACUUGGGAACAACUUAACCAUUCUGGGUCAAGCCGUUUUUGAAGGAAAAGAAGUUGGUUUUACUGGUUUGGUGUACCCAGAAAACCCAGGACUUAUCCCUUCACUAGCUGGGGAAUGUGUUAAUGUGUCCAGUUGUUUGGCCAGUAGAACUCCAGUAGCAACUGCGGUCUCCAGUGUUAGGGCAGCUGGUGGGGUUGGGGUUAUUGUUGCCAAAUCUCCUGGUGAUGUCUUAGGUCCAUGCAGCAAUGACUUCCCAUGCAUUGAAGUAGACUAUGAGCUUGGCACUCAGAUACUAUUCUACAUCCGUUCCACCAGAUCUCCAACCGUAAAAUUGAGCCCUUCUGCAACACUGGUUGGGAAGCCUGUAUCAACCAAGGUUGCCACUUUUUCAUCUAGAGGGCCUAACUCCAUUGCUCCAGCCAUACUCAAGCCAGACAUAGCCGCUCCUGGUGUGAGCAUAUUAGCUGGCAGUUCUCCCUAUGAUUCUUUCAUGGAUGGAGGAUUUGCUUUGCAUUCAGGAACAUCAAUGGCAACUCCUCAUGUCUCAGGCAUUGUGGCACUUUUGAAAGCAUUGCACUCCAAUUGGUCCCCUGCUGCAAUAAGAUCAGCCCUAGUAACAACAGCAUGGAAGACGGAUCCAUUCGGAGAGCCUAUCUUUGCUGAGGGGUCACCCCAGAAGGUUGCUAAUCCAUUUGAUUAUGGAGGAGGCCUUGUGAACCCAAACAAGGCAGCAGACCCUGGUCUCAUAUAUGACAUGGGCACAGAAGACUACAUUAAGUACCUUUGUGCUGUUGGCUACAACACCUCAGCUAUCUCUCAACUUGUUGGACAAACCACAGCUUGUUCCAUGGUCAAGCCUUCUGUUCUGGAUGUGAACCUGCCUUCCAUUACAAUUCCAAAUCUGAGAGAAAAUAUUACACUCACCAGAAGUGUCACAAAUGUUGGUCCAGUCAACUCAGUAUACAAAGCUAACAUAGACCCUCCACCUGGCAUCAGUGUAGCCGUUAGGCCUGAGACUUUGGUCUUCAACUCCACCAUUAAAACAAUCUCUUUCACUGUUGCAGUUUCCACUACCCACCAAGUGAACACAGGAUACUACUUUGGAAGCCUCACUUGGACAGAUGGGGAGCAUUUGGUGACAAGUCCCAUAUCUGUUAGAACACAAAUCAUUCAGUAUUAUACAGAUGGCAAUUGA